AUGACGUCGCGUGACAGCGGUAAUCUGUCCAGAGACCUCCCUCGAUCCGUAGUCAGCAAGCUCGAUGAGGAGAGCGUUCAUUCAGCAACGGGAAACUUCCCUCUCAGCAACAACUGGCAGGCCAACGAUGGUGUGGUAGAAGUCGUGGGCAACUUUGAAAUCACUGCAUCGCAUUUGUGCACUCCUCAUAUUGAGGACAUUCCCCCAGGCUUCCGGGCGGCCCUGGCAUCUCCAGACCCUGAAGGACCCCUAGCAUUCCCACAGGGUUUAAUAAGGUACGGACUCUUGCUAUAUGGCAAAAGGUCCGAAACUGGUAUCACGACAUGGAAAAUUGAUGCUGGGAGUAAAGAUCAUGUCCACUUGUAG